UGGAUCUCCCCACGUACAAUGGCUUCGCCUCAGCGUGCAGAACAAUCAUCGACCACAUACGAAGACUCUACUCGCUCUCGUGAGGAACGCAUCACCCGUCGUCUAUUCUCUAAGACCAAACAAAUCACUCCCCGCUUCCUACUGGCGCCAAAUGGGUGACUCUUUGCCGCGCUUGCGCUGUUGGCAGAUUACCGUGACGUGUACUAUGUCGCACAAUCGACCCAGAUGCUUGUUGCCUUUCUAGAAUCGAUGGCCGAAUUUCUGGUGUCGACCCGGAUAGUAAUGGUCCAGGUCUGCAUCCACGAGUUCCUCGCGCAGGCUUGGGACGCCGCCUGUGUGCAACCGUCCCUAGACCGUCUCGCAAAUGCGGUUCCGUCCUUGCGGUACCUCUCGCUUGGCAUUGGUGGUCAACCUUAUGAUGACACACUUUUUAUUGGAAAGGUGUGGUGGUGGCGGGUCAAAGAGGAAAUCGCCAGUGGUAUCAGAGUAUUGAGCGCCCUCGAAACAGAUGCGGGCCAACGUUUAUCCGAGCACCAAUGCACACCUGGCUGGAGCUUUGAUUCGGAUCAUUACACGUUACUCUCGACCACUCAAAAGGGACAGCAUGAACAGGAACUUGUUGAAGUACUCCCUCCCCACUAAGGCUACUUCUAUACUACCUUCAUUGACGACCCAACUAUCGAGCUGACUAUCAGACCAUACAGUGAUUUGAAGGUAGCCCUCUGGCCGCCGGCUGGUCUUCUACGAGCAUU